AUGUCAUCUCGCUCGGGUACCACCCUUUAUGUCACCGGGUUUGGUCACGGAACCCGGGCUCGCGAUCUUGCCUACGAAUUCGAACGAUAUGGCCGUCUAGUCCGCUGUGACAUCCCUGCCCCUCGGACACCCUCCAGCCGGCUAUUCGCCUUUGUAGAAUAUGAGAGCCGCCGUGAUGCCGAUGAUGCCUACCACGAGAUGCACAACAAACGUAUCGGCCGUGACGAUUUGCUGAAGAUUGAGGUAGGCAACCAUUUGUUCCGUUCUACCGUUUUAGUAUUCUCAUAUUUUUUCAAGUGGGCACGCACACCCCCUUCCGCUUCUUGGCGAUUCGAUUCGGGCUCUGGUCGUGAUUCCGGCCGCGAUUCUGGCCGCGACUCUGGCCGUGAUCGUCGCCGUGAUCGCACUCCUCCGCGCCGUGGUCGUUCGCCCUCCCCCCGCCGCAGCCGUGGUGGUGACUAUUCUCCUCGCCGAGACGAUCGUUACGAACGGGAUGACCGCGCCGACCGCGACUACGACCGCCGUGACCGGGACUCCGACCGCCGUGACCGUGACCACGAUCGCCGUGAUCGCGACCGCUCCCGCGACCGUUCCCGAAGCCCCGAUGACCGCGAACGCGAUGGCAAGGAUGACCGGGAAAGGCGCGAAGAUGACCGCGAGCGCCGCGAAGAUGACCGUGACAACGCUCCCAACGGUGACGACAGGAAAGGUGGCACUUUCACGGACUGCAUAGGCAAUCCCGGGUCAGGUUGUCUGGAAGAUGACAUUGUGAUUAAGCUGCUAUCGGAAGAUCCGACCAAUUAUGAAGAUGCACCGCUGGAGGGAAUCCGUCGUAUCCUGUCCAGAUUCACAGGCCGUGAAAUCCCUCGUGGAGAACCGAUUGACACCUCACUGAUUGAAAGCAUUCGCAUGGGCACGACGGUAGCAACGAAUGCCCUUUUAGAGCGCAAAGGGGAGAAGAUCGCACUUGUCGCAAGCAAAGGGUUCAAAGACUGUCUACGUAUUGGAAACCAAUCUCGCCCCCGGAUUUUUGACCUUGCCAUCCAACGCUCGGAUGUGCUCUAUGAGGAGGUGGUGGAAGUCGAUGAACGUGUCACCUUGGAGGAUUAUGCGGAGGACCCAGGAAGAAACUUGACGACCACAUUUUCUCGUGAACAAAGCCCAGUGGCGGCCGAUCUCGUCCGCGGCCUUUCUUCGGAGGCCAUCCGUAUCCUCAGGCGUCCCUCUGAAAGCAAAGUGCGAUCUCAGCUGCAGGAGGUAUAUGACCGUGGGUUGAGAAGUAUAGCCGUAUGCCUGAUACACGGCUACGCUUUUCCUGACCAUGAGGCCUUGGUGGGACGGAUUGCCACUGACAUUGGGUUUCACCAUGUCAGCUUGAGUCACCAACUCAUGCCUAUGAUCAAAUUAGUGCCGCGAGCCACUUCAGCCUGCGCCGAUGCCUAUCUGACACCCGCCAUCAAGAAAUAUAUCUCUGGGUUUCAGGCUGGCUUCAAAGGCGUGUUGGGCAAUGAAAGUUUCUCUGGUCUACGAGCAAUUCUAUCAGGCCCGGCCGGUGGCGUGGUUGGCUAUGCAUUAACUUCGUAUGACCUUGUCUCCGAAAUCCCUGUCAUUGGCUUUGAUAAGGGGGGGGGGACGAGCACGGAUGUCAGCAGGUACGGCUCUGGUCGAUAUGAGCAUGUAUUUGAAACAACCACGGCCGGAGUCAUAAUACAGUCUCCUCAGUUGGAUAUAAACACCGUGGCAGCGGGAGGCGGAUCACAAUUAUUUUUUCGCCAUGGGCUCUUUGUUGUUGGCCCAGAGUCCACCGGUGCACUCCCUGGACCAGCUUGCUAUCGCAAAGGAGGUCCGUUGACAGUAACCAAUGCCAAUCUGUUUCUCGGACGGCUGAUCCCAGACUUCUUCCCGAGGAUAUUUGGCCGAGAUGAAAGGCAAGGACUGGAUGAGCAUGCGAGCAGGACUCGCUUUGAGGAACUCACCAAGGAAAUCAACGCUGGAUUAGCACAGAAGGGGCGAAGUCGAGCGAUGACCCCAGAUGUGGUUGCAUUUGGCUUUAUCAAAGUAGCCAAUGAGACAAUGACCCGCCCAAUCCGUUCAUUGACAGAAGCCAAGGGCCAUGAUACCGCCAAGCAUAGACUGGCUCCAUUCGGAGGCGCUGGAGGUCAGCACGCCGUUGCGAUUGCCGAAAGAUUGGGCAUUCGGCAAAUCCUAAUCCAUCGCUAUUCCUCGGUCCUUUCGGCUUAUGGCAUGGCGCUGGCAGAUGUUGUUGAUGAAAGCCAAGCACCCGAGUCGAGGACAUGGACCGCCGAGUACAAGGGUGUUCAGAAGAUACUUGCAUCAAGAAUGGAAGAGCUCAAGAAUCGAUCCCUACAGAGGUUGCGAGAGCAAGGCUUCCAGGAUGAUUCCAUCGUAUUUGAAGAAUAUCUCAACAUGCGCUAUCGAGGGACUGAAUCAGCUCUGAUGAUACCGAAGCCCACUGAGGAAUAUGCAGACCGUCACUUUGGAGGGGACGGGUGGGCCUUUGGGAAGGCUUUCGAGAGGCAGCAUGAGCACGAAUUUGGCUUUACUCUCCCUGGUCGAGACCUGAUUGUAGAUGACAUCCGGGUCCGAGGAAUCGGCAAAGGGUUCAAGGUAUCCGGGAAGACCAUCGACCAGCGGCUUCGUGAGUCUCACUCCCGCGAUGUGGAAAUGGGUCGAGAGCAACGCAGGGAUCGGGUUUAUUUCGAGGGUGGCAGACAGGACACGCCAAUAUACAGACUCUGCGAUUUAAGCGUCGACGAGCGUGUGAGAGGCCCAGCGAUCCUGGCGGAUGAUACACAGACCAUUGUGGUGACCCCCGGGGCUUCGGCAUUAUUGACCAAGACUCAUGUUGUCAUCAAUAUUGCGGAUCCAAUCCUGCUGAGUGUCUUCUCGCAUAUAUUCAUGGCAAUCGCUGAGCAGAUGGGUCGUGCUUUGCAGAAGACAAGCGUGAGUACCAAUGUCAAGGAACGACUGGACUAUUCAUGUGCAUUGUUCGAUACGGAGGGCGGCCUAGUUGCCAACGCGCCACAUUUGCCAGUCCACCUCGGGAGCAUGUCGAGCUGCGUUCGAAUCCAAUCUCAUAUCUGGAGGGACAAUCUCAAGCCGGGGGAUGUGAUUGUCUCGAAUCAUCCGGAAUUCGGCGGCACUCAUCUCCCAGACAUUACGGUCAUCCAGCCUGCGUUCAGCGAGGGGAACAUUAUCUUCUAUGUCGCCUCUGGGGCCCAUCAUGCCGACAUUGGAGGGAUACUCCCGGGGUCGAUGCCACCACACUCAAAAGAGCUAUACCAAGAAGGCGCGGCCAUCAUAAGCGAGAAACUGGUGUCGGAGGGGAGAUUCAACGAGGAACGGAUGGCAGCUCUGUUGUACACCGAGCCAGCCCAAUAUCCAAACUGCAGCGGAACCCGUUGUCUCGCGGACAAUUUGAGCGACCUGAAGGCCCAGAUUGCAGCAAACAAGAAAGGCAUCAAGUUGAUCGGGACUCUGAUUGAGGAGUGGGCCGGAAGAAACAUUAAGACGCCCGAAGCGUUUACUUACUCGGCAGUCAUUUAUUGUAUCCGGUGCCUGGCCUCGGCCGAUAUCCCUCUCAAUCAAGGCUGCUUAAGGCCAAUUGACGUUCGCAUUCCACGCGGAAGUCUGCUUUCUCCAUCAGAUCCGCUGCUGUGGUGCUUCCAGGCCUGUGCUGCGUCUCAGGGUGAUACUAACAACCUCACAUUCGGGUUUGGGGGGAAUAUGCCGGGUGAGACAGAAACCAAGGGAUUUGGAUACUAUGAAACUAUCGCUGGAGGGAGCGGUGCUGGCCCAUCCUGGGAAGGCACUUCGGGCGUGCACACGCACAUGACCAACACUCGAAUCACCGAUGUAGAAGUCUUCGAGCGGCGAUAUCCGGUCAUACUACGAGAGUUCAGUCUUCGACCGAACUCGGGAGGUAAUGGUCAGCAUCGCGGCGGAGAUGGUGUUAUCCGAGACAUCGAGUUCCGCACCCCAGUCCAAGUCUCUAUCCUCUCAGAACGCAGAGUUUAUCAUCCCUAUGGACUGGAGGGAGGCGAGGAUGCACAGUGCGGUCAAAACAUCUGGGUCCGCCGCGUGCUCAGUCCCGAUGGGAGGUGGACGGACCGUUACACCAACCUGGGCGCGAAGAACUCCGCUCAGAUGCAAGCAGAUGAACGGAUCAUCGUCCGUACCCCCGGCGGUGGAGGAUGGGGUCAGCCCGGGGAUCGUAGUCAGCUUCGUUUCCAGCAGGACCAUCGUCACGGCUGGAGGGGGGGGGGGAAGGUUCCAUUGCGCAUAGCCUGGCCACGCAAGAGGCUCGCAUGUAAGCAUCCAUACUAA